GCCUGGACUUUGACAGAGAGCAGAGAUCAAUACGGGUCUGAGGUUUCUGUCGGGUCUCUGUCCGCUCCUCGUCUCGUCCUGUUCUCAGCUCGGUGCCGCGUUUUGAUUUUGUGAUGGCGCAGGAAAAUCUGUCCGUGGUGCUGCACUCUCAGGGAGACCUCCGGCUGGAAAACCGCCCCGUCCCGGAGCCAGGACCUAAUGAGGUUUUGCUGCAGAUGCACUCUGUUGGAAUCUGUGGAUCAGAUGUUCACUACUGGCAGCACGGCCGGAUCGGGGACUAUGUGGUCACAAAACCGAUGGUGCUGGGCCACGAGGCGUCAGGGCGGGUGGUGAAGGUCGGCUCAGCAGUCAAGCACCUGAAAGCAGGUGACAGAGUGGCCAUCGAGCCCGGCGUGCCCCGCGAGAUGGAUGAGUUCUUCAAAAAUGGCCGAUACAACUUGUCUCCCACCAUCUUCUUCUGUGCCACACCCCCCGACGAUGGGAACCUGUGCAGAUACUACAAGCACAGUGCCAACUUCUGUUACAAGUUGCCUGAUAAUGUGACAUUCGAGGAGGGAGCUCUGAUCGAACCUCUGUCUGUGGGGAUCCACGCCUGUCGCAGAGCCGGCGUUUCCCUCGGCAGCACCGUGUUCAUCUGUGGUGCAGGACCCAUCGGGUUGGUGUGUUUGCUCGUGGCCAAGGCAAUGGGAGCCUCAAAGGUCGUCAUCACCGAUCUGUUCCCAGAGCGUCUGACUGUGGCCAAAGAGCUGGGCGCUGACUUCCAGCUGACGGUGAAGAGAGGAGACGGACCCCAGCAGCUCGCCAAGAGUGUGGAGGACCUGCUCGGAGCUCAGCCUCACAUCACUAUCGAAUGCACCGGUGUUGAGAGCAGCAUCCAAAGUGCGAUCUAUGCGACGCGCUCAGGCGGCGUGGUGGUGCUGGUGGGUCUCGGCUCUGAGAUGGCCACUGUUCCUCUGAUCAAUGCUGCGGUGAGAGAAGUGGACAUCAGAGGAGUCUUCCGCUACUGCAACACCUGGCCGAUGGCCAUCGCCAUGCUGGUGUCAGGUAAAGUCAACGUGAAGCCCCUGGUGACCCACCGUUUCCCUCUGGAGCAGGCGGUCCAGGCCUUUGAGACCACGCGUCAGGGUCUCGGGAUAAAGGUCAUGUUAAAGUGUGACCAGAAUGACCAGAACCCCUGAUGUGACACGAACAGACUCAGAGCGACAGGCAGACGUCCACGAACUGGACUUUGACCCCGAGAGAGAGAGAGAUAACAGCUAGGUCAAAGAGACGCACUAAUAUCAGCUGCUGUGUCGCCUGCACGUCACACAUGUAACUAAACAAAUGGUACGAGUAAUUAUUUUGUGACGCUCAGCAUUUUAAUUUCUUUGACUGUAUAUAAGUUGCAGUUUUCUCAGGAGUUUGGGAUAAUUUUAAACACUGCCACAGUAAAUUACCUCUUUAAAUAAUAAAUUAUAAAUAACAA